AUGAAGUACAGUGAUGCCUCAUGGGAAAAACUUAACCAAAGCUACCAAGGAGAAUUCAUCCUGUUGGGAGUGGCUGACCGUCCACGUUUGGAGAUGUUGCUCUUCACCAUCAUCCUGAUCUGCUACACAAUGACACUCAUAGGCAACACAACCAUCAUUUUGCUGUCUUGGCUAGAUCCCAACCUCCACACCCCCAUGUAUUUCUUCCUUGGCAACCUCUCCUUCCUUGAUCUCUGUUUCACCACCAGUCUUGGACCUCAGAUGUUAGUGAAUUUUUGGAGAAAAAGGAAGACCAUCACCUAUGCCGCCUGCGUGGGACAGCUGUACAUCUCUCUUGCAUUGGGCUCUACAGAAUGUAUUUUGUUGGCAGUCAUGGCUUACGACCGCUAUGCAGCAGUCUGCCAGCCUCUGCGCUACACUGCUAUUAUGAGCCAGUCCCUGUGUUUCAAAAUGGCUGCUGUCUCCUGGGUGAGCGGCUUUGGCAACUCGCUGGUGCAGUCAGUGAUGACUCUGAAGCUCCCGUUGUGUGGGCAGAACCAGGUGGAUCAUUUUUUCUGUGAAGUGCCAGCUUUUCUCAAAUUGGCCUGUGUCGAUACCUCAGUGAAUGAAGCCGUGCUCUUUUCUGCCAGCGUCAUCUUCCUUCUAGUUCCGUUGAGCCUCAUCAUAGUCUCUUAUGGCUACAUUACCAUUGCUGUGGUAAAGAUCCGCUCAGCCGAAGGCAGGCGCAAAGCUUUUAAUACCUGUGCCUCCCAUCUCAUUGUGGUUUCACUCUUCUACGGCACAGCCAUUUUCAGUUAUCUCCAGUCCCCGGCCAACUACUCCCGUGACCGAGGCAAGAUGAUCUCCCUGUUCUAUACCUAUGUCACCACCAUGCUUAAUCCCUUAAUCUAUACCCUGAGGAACAAAGAGGUUCACAGAGCUCUAAGAAAAGCGCUGAACAGGAAUGCAACAAUUUAG